UCCUCAGGUGUGAACAUCAGCAGUGGCAGUUUUCCCAAAUCCCACUCCUCACAGUAUUCUGACCUCAGUGUCACACACACACCCCUCUCGGUGGACCAGAGUCCAGAUUCCGGAAUCGUCACAACCCCUGUGAGUGUCAUGCCUUAUGUAUCACAUUCUCACCCUCCAGUCCUCCGUCCUCGCUCUACCCACCUCUCACCCUCCCAUCUUCUGACACCCCCUGACACAGUUCCUGACCCCACAACCUGCCUCUCUCAUCCUGUAACAGUAUGACUGGUCCAAAACGGUCUGUUCUGAAAACAGCCUCAACCCCCCUAUCCCUUCCAUUUGAAACCUAGCCAUCACUGUAUUGCUCACACCUAUCCAGUUCCUAUCUGCCAACACAGGGUGGCUAGUGGUUGUUUAGUUGGUUAGUAUGCUAUAGAUGAGUAACUUUGUUUGUGACACGUGAGCACAGGCUCCAGGGCUGGCUCUGAUGUCAGCCCGCUCAAGGUCUGUGCUGAGGGUGCCUGGGGUCACCAAGCAUGGGUCUAGUCCCCCACGUGGCUCGGGUGGGUUAUAGUCAAAGCCCAGGUGAGGAGGCAGAGACGGGGAUGAGGGUCACAGAGCACCCCACAAUCAAGGCUCUCACUCCCGAGUGGCGCAUUGGUCUAAGGCACUGCAUCGCAGUGCUAGCUGUGCCACUAGAGAUCCUGGUUUGAGUCCAGGCUCUGUCGCAGCCGGCCGCAACCGGGAGACCCAUGGGCGGCGCACAAUUGGUCCAGCGUCGUCCAAGGUAGGGGAGGGUUUGGCCGGCAGGGAUGUUGGUUCAUUUCCCACGGGGGCCAGUAUAAUUUUUUUUUUUUUACGUAUGCAUUCACUAACUGUAAGUCGCUCUGGAUAAGAGCGUCUGCUAAAUGACUAAAAUGUAAAUGUAAUAUUCAGAUCCCAGUCUGAAAAACAAUCCUUAACCUCUUGCUCCUCUUAUUCAUCUCUCCUUCUCUUCCUCCUCCUCCUCCUUCUCCUCUAUUCAGCUCUCGCUUGCUCUUCCUACCUCCUGCUGCGACCAUGAUGCAGAUCGCUCCUGCCUCCUCCUCUCCCUCUCCCUUAGUGUCCCUUCUCUUCCUCCUCCCUCGCUUGCCUCUGUGCCACUAGUCCUCUCUCUUGUCCCGCUCUCCGCCUUCCCUCUUAGGCAUCCAUGGCUGCGCUCCUCCUCCCGUUCUUCUCUAUGGGGUCUUCCGCCAUCUGCCUUCGUUCCCGGGCCUAUCAUCUUUUUUUUCCUUCACCGUGCACUUCUCCUCUAAUUAUCUCCUCUGGUAUGCCUCCUCCUCCUCUUCUACUUAAUUCAUUCUCCCUCCUGCAACACCAUUCUCCCUUAAUUCAUCUCUCUCUUGUCUCUUCCUCCUCCUCCUCCUUCUCCUCUUAUUCAUCUCUCCUUCUCUUCCUCCUCCUCCUCCUUCUCCUCUUAUUCAUCUCUCCUCUUCCUCCUCCUCCUCCUUCUCCUCUUAUUCAUCUCUCCUUGUCUUCCUCCUCCUCCUCCUCUCCUCUCCUCCAUUCAUCCGUCUUAUUCUCUCCUUCCUCCUCCUCCUUCUCCUCUUAUUCAUCUCUCCUCUUCCUCCUCCUCCUCCUUCUCCUCUUAUUCAUCUCUCCUUCUUUUCCUCCUCCUCCUCCUUCUCCUCUCUCUCCUCUCGUUUCUCAGCUGCCGUCCAGCCGGUUCAGGUUUGUGUCAUGGCAGCGGCUUGAGGAGAGUGAUGUCAGAGGAGACCAGCUCUCCUGUCCCAGGGUCAGAGAAGGUCAGAGAGGUCACCACCUUGGCAACCUUUGACCUUUUAAUUAUUUUAUUUUGCUCUCAUCUCAGUUCUCAUAAGUAACUGCUGUCAUCAUUAUAUCAUCAACCAGGGCCGUCAGAGGAAGACCUCUUUCUGAGAAAGGAUGACAUCCCUUUGGAAAGGGGGAGGAGGAAGAGGAGGGAGGAGGAAGGGCAGAGGUGGGAGGAGAGGCUUCAAGAGAACUGGGAGAACUGUGUGGUGAGUUACAACUCAGAGACAUACUGUACUAUGUGUAUAACAAGCGUAUGUGUGUGUGUGUGUGUGUGAGUGCCUGCGUGUGCAUGUGUAUGUUGUGUGUGUAUGCGUGUUGACACACACCUGAGUAACCCUCUCCCUGUGGUCCCUGUAUUCCUGGUAUUCCCAGGAGCUGAACCUGUCCUAUCAGGACUUGGGAGAUCCGUUCCAGCAGGAAAACUUCAGUCGGAUCCUGAGGAGGCUGAUCCGAGUGGAGAGACUGCAGCUGAUCAAUAACUCUCUCACAGACCUGAGUUCUAUAUGCCUGCCAAGGUACUACACUACCCACAAUGCCCAUCUAUAUGCCUGCCAAGGUACUACACUACCCACAAUGCCCAUCUACAUGCCUGCCAAAGUACUACACUACCCACAAUGCCCAUCUAUAUGCCUGCCAGGGUACUACACUACCCACAAUGCCCAUAUAUAUGCCUGCCAAGGUACUACACUACCCACAAUGCCCAUAUAUAUGCCUGCCAAGGUACUACACUACCCACAAUGCCCAUCUAUAUGCCUGCCAAGGUACUACACUACCCACAAUGCCCAUCUAUAUGCCUGCCAAGGUACUACACUACCCACAAUGCCCAUCUAUAUGCCUGCCAAUAUCAACAUAUGCCUGCCAAUUACUACACUACCUACAAAACAUCUCUUCACUUCAUAUAGUGACAACCGUACUUCUGUCCUCUUUCCUCUAGGUGCAGAAGCCUCAACCUGCAUCGUAAUCACCUGACAUGUGUACGUCAGCUGCCAAAGCUCCCGGCCGUGGAGCACCUGUGUCUGUCUGAGAACAGCAUCUCCACACUGGGGGGACUGGGGGCUCUGGGAACCAGCCCACUCUACUCCCUCACACUCACACGUAACCCUGUCAACUACAUACAGGACUACCGUGCACGGUGAGGGGGAGAGAGGGAGAGAGAGGAGGUGAUGGGGAUAGAGGGAGAGAGAGGAGGUGAUGGGGAUCGAGAGGUAGGUGAGGAGUGACGGGAUAGAGGAGGAGGGAGGUGGGACUAGAGGGAGCAGAGAGGAGUGUGAGGUUGGAUAGAGGGAGAGAGGGAGGUGAGGGGGAUAGGGGGAAGGAGAGGUUGAGGGGAUAGUUGAGGGGGGUGGGGGGUGUUCGGAGAUGACAGGGAUAGAGGGGAGAGGUGUUCUGACGGGAUGCGGGAGAGAGAGGAGGUGAGGGAGAUAGAGGGAGAGAGAGGAGGUGGGGAGAUAGCAGGAGAGAGAAAAUUUAGAAUUUUUUACCCUGUAUUAACCCUUUUUUGCCCUCUCCUCUCUGCAGUGUGUUCUCCUGUUUGCCAAAACUAAGAGUUCUGGAUGGAAUCCCCAAGCUGCCAGAAGAUUCCAUGCCUCCUGGACUCCAACUCCCAGCAGCCACCAGGAUGUGUAACAUUCUC